UGUUGCUGUUGCUGUUGCAGCGUGCGUGCAUCUGACGUUAAGAUGUUAUGAAUAAUAUUAUUGCACACGUUUCAGAAAAGGUUUUGACAGUCUGAAUUAACUAAACAAUCGGCUAAAUAUGGCUCGUAAUGCCGAGAAGGCCAUGACGGCCUUGGCCCGGUUCAGAAAUGCUCAGCUGGAGGAGGGCAAAGUCAGGGAGAGAAGACCGUUCCUGGCGUCAGAAUGCAAUGAGCUCCCUAAAGCAGAGAAGUGGAGGAGACAGAUCAUCAGUGAGAUUUCCAAGAAAGUGGCACAAAUUCAAAAUGCUGGUCUGGGCGAGUUUAAGAUCCGAGAUUUGAAUGAUGAGAUCAACAAGCUACUGAGAGAGAAAGGUCACUGGGAGGUCCGGAUCAAGGAGCUGGGAGGACCGGAUUAUGGGAGAGUGGGGCCGAAGAUGCUGGACCACGAAGGGAAGGAGGUACCAGGGAACCGAGGAUAUAAAUACUUUGGGGCAGCUAAAGAUCUUCCAGGAGUUAGAGAGUUGUUUGAAAAAGAACCCAUCCCUCCUCCCAGGAAGAGCAGAGCUGAGCUGAUGAAGGACAUCGAUGCUGAGUACUAUGGAUACAGAGAUGAGGAUGAUGGGGCGCUGGUUCCUCUGGAGCAGGACUAUGAGAAACAAGUCAUAUUGGAGGCGGUGGAGAAAUGGAAGGCCGAGAGAGAGGCCCGGCUGGCAGGAGGAGGAGCAGAAAAGGAGAUGGAGGAAGAGGAGGAACACAUCUAUGCUGUCACGGAAGAAGAGCAUUCAGAUGACGAGUCUGGAGAAAAAAUGGAAGGAGAGGAUGGAACUCUCACAUCCUUCAUCGCUCAUGUCCCUGUGCCUUCUCAGAAAGAGAUUGAGGAGGCAUUGGUGAGGAGAAAGAAGAUGGAGCUCCUUCAGAAGUAUGCUAGCGAGACUCUCAUGGCGCAGAGUGAAGAGGCUAAGGCUCUACUGGGACUGUAGGGCCGAGAGACUGGAGGGAGAGUGAUCUUUAGACCCAGGACUGACUGGGCUGAUAGGAGAUCUAUCUGUAAACAUCCAGGACAGGAUGGGAUAAAGGGAGAUCCAUCUGUAUAGAUCCAGGAAGGAAAAAUCACUUCAUCUGCUGAAGGAGUGACAGAGUUUAUUAAUAAAUUGGUGUGAUGUCAUAGGCUGGUUGUCCCAGACCUUGUGCUGUACCUGCUACUGUCACUAGUAGUGCUGUACUAAUCACUUGGGAAAGACCAGGCUAGUUGUGUUACAAUGGCUAACUGUCUUGGUCAUGUGACAAGGGCUAAGUGUAUUGGUUUGUUUGUUGACAGAUCCACAUUGUGUUGCAUAAUGGUGGAAAGGCAACACUAGCCAUUAUUGUGAAUAAGUAACUUUAUUUUUUACCACUUUACAUAUUCCCAGUAAACUUUUUACAAAACCUA